UCUACCAAUUUGUGGUUAACUACGGUUUAGUGAAACUUUGGUUAAAAUUAACUUUCAGUUUAAUAUUGAUUGGUUUCUACGAGUAAACUAUCCGGAACGUUUAGCUAAACUUAUAACAUGUUUGAUAUAACUCUGAAAGCAUUAGAAUGUAGAACGUUGAUUGGUCCAAUAAUCGUUCUAACGGAACUGUGAUUACUGUGGUUUAGGAUUAUUAGGUUAGGAGAAUCAUAUCUUGUCAAACGAAGAAGUGUAUAAUUAAUAAAAUGAAUGCAGCAAAAUUAAGUGUGCAACGGAAACGUGCCCAAAAUUUUUCCGAAAAGGAAAAACUAAUUUUAACAGAAAUAGUAUUGAAGUAUAAAAAUAUAAUAGAAAAUAAAAGAACUGACGGAGUAACCUCAAAAGAUAAAGAAAAGUGUUGGAAGGUAAUAGAAAAUAAUUACAAUAGUACAUCUUCUUCAACUGAAUUUAGAAGUGCGGAAGUCCUCAAAAGUUGUUGGGAGAAUCUUAAAAAAAAGACACGAAAAUUUUUCGCUGAUGAAAGGAUACAAUUAUAUAAAACAGGUGGAGGACCUUGUGAAUCCCAAACAGAUGUAGUGCUGGAACGUGUACGAGACAUUAUUAAACCUUCUGUUGAAGGUAUUAAAAGUGAUUAUGAUUGUGAUGCUAUAGAAGAUGUUUAUACAGAUCAAAGUACAAAUGCAUGCAAGAUACCUACAAAGACAAAUUCAUGCGAGACGUCAUCAGAUUCUAUUGAAAUGGACGAGUGGCUUCCAGUUGAUGACAAUGACAAUGAUCAAGAUGAUGUUCUACUUGUAAGAGAUUACUUACAAGAAAAUGCUGGUGCUAUGAGACAAAAUUCAUUUGAUAAUGUAUCAGAUGGACAUGAAAUGACAAACUACGAUAAGGAAAAUGACAUAAUUGGAAACGAUAGUGUAUCAGAUGUUAAUGGAAAUAGCUCGGUUUUUAUGAGAGAGAAUAAUACACAACAUUGUCUUAAGAAGAGCAAUAUACAAAAUAUAAAAAAACCAGAAAAGCAAGACGUACAGAACACAUCCGCAGUACAAAUAUUAAAACGAAAAAUAAGUACUCCACUUCAAGUAAAAAGCAAUGUUUUAAAUGAUCAAUAUAAAUCUAGGAAACUUAAUAGACAAGACAAUAAACCAUAUAAGAAAAAAGAAGAAACUAUUACUUCAAGAAUGUCACAAUUUGACAUGUUAACAGAUUCAAAGAUCAAGCUUACAGAAUGUAUGACAGACGGUUUUAAAGCAAAACGUGAAAUAGAGAUGCAAAUUUUAAGUACGCGAUUGAAGAAAGAACAAUUAGAAGUACAGAUAUUAGAAAAAGAGUUGUUAUUACAGGAGCAUAGAUUACAAAGAGAGGUGCAACAAAACAAGUCAUUUAACGUUUCAUAG